AUGUCGCGCUCACUCCUGGACGCCUCUGUCCCCGAUCUCGUCAAGAGGCUCUCCACCGACGAGAAGAUCAUGCUCCUCGGGGCACCCAACUGGUGGAACACCCAUGCCCUCGAACGGCUCGAGAUCCCCGGCAUUCGCAUGAGCGACGGUCCCAACGGGGUCCGAGGCUCGUCUCACUUCGUAUCUGUGCCCGCGCAAUGUAUACCCUGCGCGACGUCCAUGGCGUCCACGUUUGACCCUGAGCUGAUCCACGACGUCGGUGUCUUCCUCGCGGAAGAGACAAAGGUCAAGUCCUCCGUCGUCCUCCUCGCGCCCACCUGCAACAUCCAGCGCAACCCGCUCGGCGGACGUGCCUUCGAGUCCUUCUCCGAGGACCCCCACCUCUCGGGGACAAUGGCCGCCGCGUAUGUGAACGGGCUGCAGUCUCAAAACGUCGCUUCCACCAUCAAACACUUCGUAGCUAACGACCAGGAGCACGAGCGCACCGCCGCGGACUCUGUCAUGUCCGAACGUGCACUCCGCGAAGUGUACCUGUAUCCUUUCAUGCUCGCGCAGAAGACCGCGAAGCCGUGGUCGUUCAUGACCUCGUACGGACGCAUCGAAGGCGUCCACUGCUCCGAGAACCCACAGCUCCUCCAGGAAAUCCUCCGCAAAGAAUGGGGCUUCGACGGGAUCGUCAUGAGCGACUGGUACGGCACGUACAGCGUCGACCUCGCGAUCAACGCCGGGCUCGACCUCGAAAUGCCCGGCCCGCCGCGCUGGCGGACGCCCAUGCUCGUGACGCACAUGCUCUCGUCGCAGAAGACGUCCGACGGCGCGCUCGACGCGUGCGUCACGCGCAUGCUCGAGUUCGUCCAGCGCCAGGCGCGGCGCAACCCCGACGUCGUGUACGGCGACGGCGUCGAGCGCACGCUCGACACGCCCGCGCGGCGGCGCUUCUGCCGGAGGCUCGCCGCGGAGGGCAUGGUCGUGCUGAAGAACGAAGGAAGCGUGUUGCCCAUCAAGGGAGGGAGGAAGGUGAGGGUGGCGCUAAUCGGUCCGAACAUGAAGGAGAGGGUGGUCAGCGGGGGCGGGAGCGCGGCGCUGAAGCCGAGCUACGUGGUCACGCCUCACGACGGACUGGUUGCGAACGCGCCAGAGGGAGUCGAGUUUGAGUACGAAGUCGGGACCUACGCCUUCAAGUACCGCCCGACGCUGGAGAACUACCUGAAGACGCUGUCCGGUGAACGCGGCUGGACAUGCACGUUCUACAAACACGAUGUCAACGGGAGCCCGAUCGAAGACCCCGUCGCGGAGUUCGUGCUCACGGACACGCGGAUCCGACUGAACGACUUCCUGCCCGCGGGGCUAACCCCGACAUGGACAAUCAAGCUCAAAGGCCUGCUCGCAAUGGAGAAGACAGCGACGUAUGAGCUCGGGCUCACGGUCGCGGGGCGGGGCAAGCUGUUCGUCAACGGCAAGCUGACUGUGGACAAUUGGACGAAGCAGAGGCCCGGGGAGUUCUUCUACGGACAAGGGACAGUGGAGGAGAUCGGCGAGGUGGAUCUCGAAGCGGGCAAGCCCGUCGAGAUCAUGGUCGAGUACACAAACACUCGGGCGCCAGAAGGCCCGGAAUCCGACAGGUCACAGCCAGCGCUGAUGCGCGGUUUGCGACUGGGUGGAUGCGAGAAGAUAGACCCAGACGAGGCGAUGGCGAGGGCGGAGAAGCUGGCCGCAAAGUCGGACGUCGUCGUGCUCGUCGCUGGGCUGUCUCCGGACUGGGAGAGCGAGGGCUUCGACAGGCCGACGCUGGACAUGCCGAAGCGGACGAACGAGCUCAUUGCGCGCGUGGGCAAGGCGAACGCGAACACCGUCGUCUGUUUGCAGGCGGGCUCCGCGGUGUCGAUGCCGUGGGUGCACGGCGUGAACGGCAUCAUCCAGGCAUGGUACUCAGGCAACGAAGUCGGGAACGCUCUGGCGGACGUCGUGUACGGGCUCAUCAACCCGAGCGGCCGCCUCUCGUUGACGUUGCCUGUCACGGAGCGGGAUAUCCCAGCAUACCUGAAUAUGCGCAGCGAGAACGGCAAGAUACACUACCGCGAGGAUAUCUUCGUCGGGUACAAGUACUACCAGGCGAAGGGCGUGGCGCCUCUGUUCCCCUUCGGGCACGGCUUGUCAUAUACGACGUUCACUUUCUCCAACUUGGCACUCUCCGGGCCGUACGCGCACGAUGCCGCGUUCAGCCUCGGUGUCUCCGUGACGGUGACGAACGACGGCCCUGUCGCCGGCUCGGAGGUCGUGCAGGUGUACAUCGCGCUGCCGGAGAUGGGCCUCACGACGCCGAAGCUGCAGCUGCGCGGGUUCGCGAAGGCGCGCGACGUCGCGCCCGGGAGCUCAAAGGCGGUGAGCGUGACGCUAGACAAGUAUGCCGUGUCGUUCUGGGACGAGGUUGCGGGCGCGUGGAGGGCGGUGCCUGGGACAUAUGGAGUGUUUGUUGGGAAGAGCAGCGCGGACAUGGUUCUGCAGGGCUCGUUUGUGCUAAAAACGGGUUUUAUAUGGAACGGAUUGUGA